AUGCAGACCAGCGCCGUUGCAAGUCUGCGUGAUUGGACUACAAAUCUGCUGAAGUCCAUAGAGAUCUUCUCAGACUUUUUGCAGGGUCAGAGUGGUGCUACCAUGAAGUCAAUGGAAUGUUUGCUGGCGUUCGCCGGGGAAAGCCUCGUGUUUGCCCACGCUGCAGCCUCGCUAAUGCCAAUCUUGUUGGUGCUCACCUUGGCCAUGAUCAAGGACCCACGGGUCUCCCUGGUCGUUGGCACGAACGUGUUCCUGCCAGGGUUCACGUCAAAAUUCGGGAAGUACCUAGUGGCGUACCGCUUGCAGCCUCAAGAUCAAGGGGGUGACUUGCUGACCCCCUUCCUGCCGGGUGUGCCUGGAGCCUUCUGGUGGGUGCUGGCGUGCAUCACGGCCUGCUUCGUCUUGGGCGCUUGGAGUUGGACGCGAAUGGCUCUGUCUACGGAAAAACCCAGCCCGCCGCAUGUGCUGUACCUGACCCAAGCGUACAAGCCGAGCUUCGAAGCCUGGGAGGUGGAACGCUUAGUGCGAAAGAUGAUGCUGACUGUGGUGAGCACAGUGCUGCCUGUGACCCUGUCUCCCGCUCUACAGAUGCAGUGCAUCAGUGCCAUCCUGCUGGGAUCGCUGAUGCUCUAUGCACACGUGCGGCCGUACAAGGAGGACGACUGGAAUCGCCUGGAGUUGCGUUUGCUGGGCUGCGCAGUGCUGAUCACGGGCUUCACUACGUGCUUGCUGGCCAACGACUCCCACUGGUCUAGGUCCAUAGAAACGCAGUUCGCUCUCAUGUUCUUCAUCGCAGCUCCUGCGGCAAUUGUGUGUGCGACGCUGGCGGUGCUCGUUGCUGUAGAGAUGUACCGAGAGCGAGCAAGACAGAAAGAGGCUGAAGCGCUUGAGGCAUUGAACAAGGCGUCAGAGAACUGA